UACAGAGAGACGGAGAGAGCUACUACGAUAUGCAUUUAUAGGCCUCUCUUAAGCCUCCACUCUUCUCGUAAAUCUCCGUUCUUUGUUCCUCAUCAUUGCUUGUACGAAUCGCUUUCUCUCUCUCUCUCUAUCUUCUUCUGGGAUCUCUCUUUCUCUCCAUUGUGGUUGAUCCUGGUUUGGUUAUUCAUUUAGGCUGCUUUGAUAUGGCUGCAUAUACCCCCAAGAACAUCCUCAUUACUGGGGCUGCUGGAUUUAUUGCUUCUCAUGUUGCUAAUCGGCUCAUCCGGAAUUACCCUGAAUACAAUAUUAUUGUGCUUGACAAGCUUGAUUACUGUUCAAAUCUUAAAAACCUCCUUCCAUCACGACCAUCACCCAAUUUUAAGUUUGUGCAGGGGGACAUUGGCAGUGCAGACCUUGUCAAUUUCCUCCUCAUCACCGAGUCCAUCGACACAAUAAUGCACUUUGCAGCACAGACUCAUGUCGACAACUCCUUUGGUAACAGCUUUGAGUUUACCAAAAACAACAUUUAUGGAACCCAUGUCCUUCUAGAGGCCUGCAAAGUCACUGGCCAAAUAAGAAGGUUCAUCCAUGUUAGCACGGAUGAGGUUUAUGGGGAGACAGAUGAGGAUGCUGUUGUAGGAAACCAUGAAGCUUCUCAACUCCUUCCUACAAACCCAUACUCUGCCACAAAAGCUGGGGCAGAAAUGCUUGUUAUGGCUUAUGGCAGGUCAUAUGGUUUACCUGUGAUAACCACUCGAGGAAACAAUGUCUAUGGUCCCAACCAAUUUCCUGAAAAAUUAAUCCCAAAGUUCAUCCUCCUAGCCAUGAGAGGUAAACCCCUUCCAAUUCACGGGGAUGGUUCUAAUGUGAGGAGUUAUCUCUACUGUGAGGAUGUUGCUGAGGCUUUUGAAGUCAUUCUUCAUAGGGGAGAAGUUGGUCAUGUUUACAAUAUUGGGACAAAGAAGGAAAGGAGGGUAAUUGAUGUCGCUAAAGAUAUAUGCAAACUAUUCUCAAUGGACCCAGAAUCAAGCAUUCAGUUUGUGGACAACAGACCAUUUAAUGACCAGAGGUACUUCCUAGAUGAUGAGAAGUUGAAGAACUUGGGGUGGUCAGAGCAGACUACGUGGGAAGAGGGGUUGAAGAAGACCAUGGAGUGGUACACCAGCAACCCUGAUUGGUGGGGGGAUGUUUCUGGAGCAUUGCUCCCUCAUCCUAGAAUGCUGAUGAUGCCUGGUGGGAUUGAGAGACUUUUUGAUGGUCCUGAAAAAUGCAAUGAAGAAUCCUCUCAUUUUUCAAGUAAUCCUAAUCAAACCCGAAUGGUGGUUCCAGUUUCCAAAAGCAGCUCUCCUGAAAAACCCACCUUCAAAUUCUUGAUUUAUGGAAGGACCGGGUGGAUUGGUGGCCUUCUUGGAAAGUUAUGUGAGAAACAAGGGAUUCCUUAUGAGUAUGGAAGGGGGCGUCUUGAGGAUAGGUCACAACUCUUGGCUGAUAUUCAGAAUGUUAAGCCUACUCACGUUUUUAAUGCUGCUGGUGUGACUGGUAGACCCAACGUUGAUUGGUGUGAAUCUCAUAAAACAGAAACAAUCCGUACCAAUGUUGCUGGUACAUUAAACUUAGCAGAUGUUUGCAGAGAGAACGGACUUCUUAUGAUGAAUUUUGCUACUGGAUGCAUAUUUGAAUAUGAUGCUACUCAUCCAGAAGGUUCUGGCAUUGGGUAUAAGGAGGAAGACAAGCCCAAUUUCGCUGGUUCAUUCUACUCCAAAACCAAGGCCAUGGUUGAGGAGCUCUUAAGGGAGUAUGACAAUGUUUGCACCCUCAGAGUCCGAAUGCCAAUAUCCUCGGACCUCAACAACCCUCGCAAUUUCAUUACUAAGAUUUCACGUUACAAUAAAGUGGUUAACAUUCCGAACAGCAUGACCAUAUUGGAUGAGCUUCUUCCUAUUUCCAUUGAGAUGGCGAAGCGGAACCUGAGGGGCAUAUGGAAUUUUACAAACCCUGGUGUUGUGAGUCACAAUGAGAUUCUUGAGAUGUACAAAAAGUACAUUGAUCCCAGCUUCAAGUGGGCUAACUUCACACUGGAAGAGCAAGCCAAGGUGAUAGUUGCCGCUCGAAGCAACAAUGAGAUGGACGCAUCCAAGAUGAAGAAUGAAUUCCCUGAGUUGCUUUCAAUCAAGGAGUCGUUGAUCAAGUAUGUGUUUGAACCCAACAAGAAGAUUUUUACAAAAUAAGCACUUUAGGGUUGUAAAUCUCAGGGCCAAUUCCACACUUUGCACUUGGCAUUAUGGUUUCAGAUUACGUUUAGUAGCGUUGAUCAUGUUAAGUCAUUAUUUUCAGGUUCAUCCCGUUAUUACUACUCUUUUAGAAUCUAGAUGGUUACAAGGACUGCUCAAAGUGUUUUUCAUUAUAGUUAAAAUUUAGAUUUGUUUACAUUCCCUUCUGAGAGGAAUGAUCGAGUUCUUCAUAUAUUUGUUGUCAUUGUGAACCUUAAUCACUAUUGGAUUCUAUUAUAUGCAUUUGUUUGUUCAAUACUAA